AUGGCGUACGAGAAGGAACUCAAAGUCGCACAGCUGGCGGUUGUCCGAGCGGCCAUCCUCACCAAGGCGGUGUUCCACGAGAAAGCAAAAGGCACCGUGUCCAAAGACGACAAAUCGCCCGUGACUAUAGGCGACUUUGGGGCGCAAGCGCUCAUCAUCGCGGCCAUCAAGCAUAACUUCCCCUCGGACGAAGUGGUGGGCGAGGAAGAGGCAUCGUCGCUUCGAGAGCAGAAAGACCUCUCUUCGACCAUCUGGAAUCUUGUCAAAGACGUGAAGCUGGACGACCCUGAGAGCGAUGCGCUGCUUGGCGGGCCGAUCAAGUCGGAAGCAGAGAUGCUCGAUGCCAUCGACAUGGGCAACAGCGCGGGCGGGGACAAAGGGCGCAUCUGGGCGCUCGACCCCAUCGACGGUACCAAGGGAUUCCUCCGCGGCGGCCAGUACGCCGUUUGUCUGGCGCUCAUUGUGGACGGGGACGUCAAAGUCGGCGUCCUGGGCUGCCCGAACCUGCCAGUGGACGACCGGGAGCUAUUGACAGAAGGCAUUGGCGCCGCCGCUACUGAUGCAGAGGGCAAAGGCGUGCUCUUCGCCGCCGUGCAAGGCCAGGGCGCGACCUCCCAACCGCUCACCCGUGGCGCCGUCACCCCCGGCCACCCCAUCCACGUCAGCCAGAUCUCGGAUGUCAGCGAGGCCGUCAUGUGCGAGAGCGUCGAGCCCGGCCACAGCUCAAAGGGCGACAACGCAUUGAUCGCCCAGAAGCUCGGCAUCAGCCGCAAGCCCGUCCAGAUGGACAGUCAGGCCAAGUACGGCUCCGUUGCCCGCGGCGCCGGCGACCUCUACCUUCGUCUGCCCGUGCGCAAAGACUACGUCGAGAAAAUCUGGGACCAUGCCGCCGGUGAUCUCAUCGUCCGUGAGGCCGGCGGCCAGGUCACCGACAUCACUGGCAGCAGACUCAACUUCGGGCUAGGCAGGACGCUCACGGAAAACAAAGGCGUUGUCGCGGCGCCUGCCAAUGUCCACCCCCAAGUUCUCCAGGCUGUACGCGAGGUUUUGGAUGCCAAAUAG